AUGGCUAUCCAGAGCAACUGCGCGCACUCUUUCCAGGUUAUUAAAUCGGACAGCACGCUGAUUGUGUGGCACUGCAACCUCUGCCACUCCGGCCCCUUCUACAUCAUUUUCGAGUGUCGAUAUUGCAAGCUCCACACGUGCCGCCCUUGUACCCAGGGCGCCUAA